UAGUUUGCAUUGAAUCAGAAUUAAGUUAAUUAAGAAUGACUCAAAGUUCUCAUUCCUCAUGAGAUCAUUUUGAUCAUCUUCAAGCUCUACCUAUGCUUCUUCUUCUCCACCCAUCAAUGGCCAUGAACACAUGUUCUUCUUCAUCUUCACCAACCUUGAUGAUGAUCAUUAAUCCAACAAAGACUAACAAGACCUUGUCCACUGUUCUUAUGCUUCACAAAGAUCAUGGCAAACAACAAAGCAAACACACAAGUCUUCUCUCAACCAAGUCUUCAAUUUCCAUCAAAGUUUAUGAAGAUCAAGAAGAAGGAAUAGUUUGUUAUAAAGAUGAGAAGGGAGAAAUUGUAUGUGAAGGACAUGAUGAAGGUCCAAGAUUUAGCCAAAAGGAUCUACAGACUAGUUGUUACGGAAGAGAAGUUAAAAGCUUUGAUUUUCUUCAUCAAUGUUGGCUUCAAAUCAUUGAGGAUUCUAACUUUGAUAACUUUGUCAAUGGAGUUGCUGUUCAAGACCAGAAGUAGAAGACCAAUUAUCACAUGAUCAUACAUGCAUAUGCAUGGCUUAAUUUGAUCAUAUAUAUUGGAAAUUGAUUUUGAGUUCUUGUUGUGAAGAAUUAAACCAGUUUUCUUGUUUGAUCAUUAAUUUCUAAUUAAGUUGUUUAUUUUUUUUAUUAAGAUUUUAAUUUUGUUUUGUGUUGUUUUUGUGUUCAAUAAUUAUUCUCAAAGUUCAAUGAUA